CUCUCCCCUCUGUGUCGACUCUGGAGUGUCGGUUCUCUCUCUCUCGCACAUAGACUCAGCAUCAGUAUGGCAGCUUAUGCUGCUCUUCUUUCCCUUGCUCAAACUACACAUCUCAAUACAUAUCAACAUCAAUCUCUCUUUUCUUCCGAAGCAGAAGAAAAAGUUAGAUCAAUCCACGACUAUGUCAGUUUCUUGCUAUUGUUCUUUGAAGAUUUUCCACAGAAAGUCAACCGUUGGGAAGGAAGGAUCAGGGACGCAGCUUAUCAAAUCGAGGAUAUUAUUGAAGUUUUUAUCUGUCACCGAAUUCAGCGUCAUCCAUCACGCGUCAAAUUGGAAGACCAGCUCCAAAAUGUGAUGGAGGAAAUUGGUUUAGUCGCGGGCGAAGUCAUGGAAGAGCGACCUACUUAUCUACCUGCAUCUUCAUCAUCGUCAUCAAGGCUUGCAUCAACUGGCAACGACGCAGUGAUUGGUUUAGACGACGACAUCACAGCAAUAAAGGAACGGCUUUGCGGACAGUCACCCAAUCUUCGAGUCGUCCCCAUCGUGGGUAUGGGUGGAAUAGGUAAAACCACUCUUGCUAAAGCUGUUUACGACGAUCAAUUAAUCAUUGAGCGUUUUGAUAUUCGUGCUUGGGUUGUGGCAUCACAAGAUUACAGUCCGCAUAGGUUCAGGAAACUUCUUUUAGAUUCAAUGAAAUUGUUAGAAGAUCAAAUGUCAGCAGAUGUGAUUGAUGAAUCUGAUAUUGAAUUGAAAGUGUAUAAAAAAUUGAAGGGUUGGAGGUAUCUCAUUGUGAUUGAUGAUGUUUGGGGAACAAAUAUUUGGGAUGAUGUAAGGUAUAUGUUCCCGGAUGACAAGAAUGGAAGUCGAAUCAUGCUAACUACAAGGCAAUUGGAUGUGGCCAGUUAUCCUGACACUGCUGGCCCUCUUCAUGAUAUGAGGUUAAUGGAUUGUUCUCAAAGUUGGGAUUUGCUUAGGUUGAAGGUAUUCACAGACGGCUAUUGCACGCCUGAUUUAGAAGACGUUGGGACAGAGAUAGCACGAAGGUGCGCGGGGCUACCCCUUGCUGUUGUCCUAGCUGCUGGAGUCUUGUCUUCAGUCAUCAGGACUAAAGCUUCUUGGGAGGAAAUUGCCAAAAAUGUAAAUCCUGUUGUUGGUUGGGAACUAGAGGAGAUACUCUCUUUUAGCUAUACCUACUUGCCUCAUCAUUUAAGACUGUGUUUUCUGUUUAUUGGAGGUUUUCUUGAAGAUGCAAGUAUUCGUGCUUCAAGGCUAAUUAGGUUGUGGGUAGCUGAGGGUUUUCUGAAGCAUCAAAACGGAGGUAGUAAAAGCUUGGAAGAGGAGGCAGAGGAGUGUUUGGAUGAUCUUGUAAAGAGAAAUCUUGUGAUUGUGACUAGUAGGAAAACUAAUGGGAAAAUCAAGAGCUGCAGCCUCCAUGAUAUGGUACGAGAUUUGUGCAUAAGGAUAGCCCGCGAAGAGAAGUUUCUUCAUGUUAUGGAUGGGCGUGAUCUUCCACAAGGCUUGAUGAAUGAGCGACGCAUCAGUUUCAGUCGUUCUGAUAUAGAUAAAAUUUGGGGUCCAACCUUCCGUACCAUUCUGUGCUUCCAAAUGAAGAUUUUUCCUAGUUGGCUAGCCAUGUUAGGAAGCUAUAAAUUGCUAAGGAUAUUGGAUGCGUUACAUGUAAACCUGAAAGAGCUACCUACUGAAUUAUUUGAUCUGCAUUGGUUAAGAUAUCUUGCUUUAAUGGGCUCUUUCAGUAUUCCAUCCGCUGUAUCUAAUCUUGUGAAUCUUCAAACAUUAGUCAUUCAUCUAGAGUUUGGAAAGCUACGACGAAGGUAUGAUGAUGGUGUACGCCGCUCUUUGCCAUUGGAAAUUUGGAGGCUGCCGCAACUAAGGCAUCUUUUCUUCCAUGCUCCUUAUAUGCUACCUCAUCCUCUGGAAGGAUUUUAUCUUCCUCUAGAAAAUCUCCAAACUCUUUUGCUUGUCAAAAAUCUUGUAUGGAAUGAAAAGAUCCUACAAUUAAUUCCCAAUGUCAAGAGAUUGGGACUUACUUAUUCAAGCAAUGAAGACCAUCACCUCCAUCAUCUCAAAGAUCUGCAUCAACUUGAACAGUUGAAAAUGAUUGGGUAUCGGGAUUUUUCAUGGAGGGGGCAAAGUCCUACUUUUCCUUGUGCAUUGAAGAAGUUGACAUUAGUAGGCGGGGGAUUUCUCUGGAAAGAUAUGGCCAUUGUGGGUUCAUUGCCUAAUCUGGAAAUCCUUAAACUACUAGGUAACGCUUGUGAUGGUGAAACAUGGGAAACAACUGAUGAAGAUUUUCCUCGGCUGAAAUUUUUGCUAAUUGAUGAAUCGCAUCUCCGGGAAUGGAUAACUCACAGCAACCCUUUCCCAACACUCAGACGCCUAGUGCUUCGUUCUUGUUGCUAUCUGAGAGAGAUUCCAGAAGGUAUAGGAGAAAUUCCAACCCUUGAACUGAUUGAAGUUGAUUAUUGUACAAAUUCUCUUGUGGAAUCAGCCAUGAAAAUAAAAGAGGAUCAAGAGAGUUAUGGAAAUUAUGAUCUACAAGUUCUUGCUGGCCAUGAGAUGCCCUCGGUGGAGUGGCUAGUGGUGGAUUGGCUUGUUUGUGACAGAAAGGUCGUAGAUUUGAUGAUUACCACCUACAUCUCUAAGUUGAGAUAUCCUAUUGCAUACCCUAUGGAGAUUCAGUUAUUUUACAAACGGAUGGCUCUAUCACCAUCAAGACCUGCAACUUUGAGAAAUGCUGCAGUGAUUGGUUUAGACGAUGAUCUGGUGGCAAUAAAGGAGCAGCUUUGUGGACUGUCAUCCCAGCUCCAAGUUGUCUCGAUAGUGGGUCUGGUUGGUAUAGGUAAGACCACUCUUGCUAGAACUGUUUACUAUGAUCCAUUACUCUUGGAGCAUUUUGAGAUUCGCGCUUGGCUCACAUUAUCACUGGAUUAUAGUACACUUAGGUUGAGAAAACAAAUUCUUUUAGGCCUUUUAGAUUCAAUGGAGUUGUUGGAUGAACAUAUGUCUGGAGAGAAGAUUCGUGAACCUGAAAUGCUAAAUAAAAUACAUCAAAGGUUGAUGGGUAGGCGGUAUCUCGUUGUAAUGGAUGAUGUUUGGAGCACAGAGGUGUGGGGUGGUAUCAGUAAUAUAUUCCCCAAUGACGAAAAUGGAAGUCGAAUCAUGUUAACCACAAGGUUGGCAGAUGCAGGUUCUUAUGACAAUUCUGGGAACUUUCUUCAUCGGAUGCAGUUGAUGGAUGAUUAUCAAAGUUGGAAUUUGCUUAAGCAAAAGGUGUUCGAAAACAUAAAUUGCCCUUCUGAGUUGGAAGACAUCGGGAAAGAGAUUGCACAAAGAUGUGCAGGACUACCCCUCGGUGUCGUCCUGAUUGCUGGUGUUCUGUCUGCAGUAGAUAAGACCGAAGCUUCUUGGAAUAAAAUUUCCAAAAAAAUAAAUCCAAAUUUUGGCCCACCUUUGCGGGAGAUACUAUCUUUCAGUUACACACAGUUGCCUCGUCAUUUAAAGCCCUGUUUUCUGUGUAUGGGAGAAUUUGCAAAAAAUAAAGAAGGCAUCCAUGCUUCAAAACUCAUUGAGUUAUGGGUAGACAAGGGCUUCUUGAAACAUGAGAAUGGAUGCAGUGAGAGCUUGAAAGAGAAGGCGGAGGAGUAUUUGGAGGAUCUUGUCAAGAGAAAUCUUGUGACUGUGAGUAGCAGGAAGAGUAAUGGAAAAAUCAAGUAUUGCAGCCUCCAUUAUAUGUUGCGAGACUUGUGCAUAAGAAAAGCUCAGGAUGAGUGGAUUCGUCGUAUUUGUGAGCGACCAGCAGAGCGACCAGCAGAGGCUGCAGAGCCUACCAAGACAAGUUUCUUCAUGUUAUUGAUGAACUUGAUCUUCUACAAGGCUCGAUGAAUGAUCAGUUUCAAUUGGGAAGAUGGAAAAUUUGUUUUUGUAUGAUUGUAUCACUUGUAAUUAAUCUCUGCCAAACUGAUUAGCUCGCUACUUUUCGCAAUUUGCAAACAUAUAGUAUCCGGCUUGUAAUCGGUUCAGUCACGGGUCAACCAUUCGAUCCGUUAACCAAUUAACCACAGAUAACCGAAUUGUUCAAUUAAAAAAAAAAAAAAAGAAUAACCUUUUGCUAUCCA